AUGGAUUCGAUGUUGGAAACGCACGCCGGCGAGCAGGGCGUUCUAUACGAGGUCCCCUCGUCCAAGGAGAGAAUCUCGGCAACUGGGCCAUUCCACCCAUUUUAUACAUCAAGCAUCUUAGACGAGCCAAUCGAGCAACUGCCUCCUGCUUGUAAAUCUGCCUCACUCGAGCCAGGCGGAAACAACACGCAGGCUUUCCGUCCGGGUACCAAAGAUCCAACCAUCUCUACGGCUCUUUUUCUGGAUUCUGUCACGCAGGACAAGGACGGGAGGACACAAUCAGAUACAGCUCCCGCCGCAAAUGCUGCCAUGUCACCCCUUUUCGAAGAUAUUGCUCAGAUGGUAUCAAUGCUCAAGGAGGAACCUGAAGGCGAACGGACUGUAGCAGAGGGCGAAGAAACACCAGAGACAGGCCGCGGGAACGAACGGCCUCUGAGCGAGGAUGAUAAUAUGUCCCUUUCCCCCGGUGACCCGGCUGGUGACCAAAACACCUCUCAGGCACAGCGGGUCAACACAACAGGGUCUUCGGAUAUGCAGGUGCGGCCAGGUUUUGGGGCCCUCCCGCAGGCUCAGCCGUCCCAGGUAUAUCCACCUGUGCAGGCUUCUUUCGGCAACCUUCAGCCUAUGCCUCACCAGCCUAUGCCUCACCAGCCCUGGCGUCACCAGUCUCUGCCUCCCCAGUACCUGCCAUACCUUACGCCUGGAAACACGCCUCUUCAGUUCUCUCAAGAAGUCGCCGCAGGUUUACCACCCCCUCGGCUUUCUCUGGCCACCCCUCAGCUUCCUCACAUGCAGCCAGCUCAGCACGAAGGCUAUGUCAACCAGGUUGGCAAUUAUGGACUUGCGUCCGGCGCCUCGAUGUAUGCUAACCGCGGUCGCUUUGCUUUAACCGCGUAUGGCGGUCUGACUCUUCAAGCUCCGGCAUACCCGCAGUUGCCCAGUCAAAACUCAUCCGAGGGCGGACCGCAAGCAAGGACUCCUGCCAAUACGCACGUUUCGAUGAGACCAGGAAACGCUGCGGACAGAUUCACGAAUGCGUACAGGAGCGAGGUUCCAGCCAACUCUGGGCCGCCUCCUAGGAUGAGUCUGCCGCCGAACACCAAUGCCCCGAUACAGCAUCAAGUUUUCAUCCUCAAAGCGGAUCUGAUUUCCGACCCCAUCAUCCGUCCCAGCUUGGUCCUCGUAUGGGCACAUUCCAGCCUCAACACGCGAUUUCGUCGCACAGCCAUCACCACCAAAAUCAUCUUUCAGUACAAGGAACCCCUAUUGCUGCUUCAAGACGAGUUGAGGGGCCCGAGCCUGCAUAUUUCGCAACUGAUGUUCCACGAGUAA